GUCUCUAGUCUGUAGUCUCUAGCUGUAGUCUCUAGCUGUAGUCUCUAGUUGUAGUCUCUAGUCUCUAUCUAGUCUCUAGUCUCUAGUCUCUACCUGUAGUCUCUAGUCUCUAUCUAGUCUCGAGUCACAUACUGUACUUGCGAGCUGGGCACUGUUGGAACUAGAACUAUGGGGGGGAAAAAAAAAAAACAAUGGAUCGCGGCUCCGGGCAUGAGCAUAACGGAGGGGCGGCCAACAAGUAUAAUACCACCGACAUCACCUCAUCUGGUCUUUCUUUUUUUUCUUUUACUUUUGCUUCUCGACCAUACCAUCAGACAGAACAAACUAUCACCUGCUUCAUAUAUCUAGUAUUUAGUAUACUCACCCCAUACUCAUACUCAUACUCAAAUCAUACUUCAUAACACAGUACUACUACUUCCACCUACCGAUAUACACUUCUGCCUAUCACCUACUUAUCCCACCACAUUACGCAUUAUCACCUCGUCACCACCCGCCGCGCCACAUCGCUUCCGCCCAAAACCCAAACGCUGCGUCUGCCUAUUGACUCAUACCAAUCCCCCACCACCACCAUAAAAUCCAAAACGAGAUCCCAAUCCCCCAAACAGAUUUCAAAAUGACAACCAUCACCAUACAAACCAAACGCAAAACAAUGUCCAUAACCCAAACCUACUACCUCGCCCACUCCGCGCGCGGCAAGCUCUCCACCGAAGCCUCGCGCUCCGACCGCCGCCUCCGCCGCCUCGUCGGCCACGCAAACCUGCUCGAUUCCCUAAUGCUUGAACUUGCCAACGCUGAGGCGGAGCAGGAGAGUUGGUUCAAUGUUUUGGUGCGCGGUGCGAGGAAGACGGAGGAUAGGCAUAUCCAGUGGGCGGACUCGGUUGUUGAGGAGGAGGCUGAGGAGGAUUGGCAAGUUGAGGACGCUGAGAGUGAUUCCAGCGACGAGGAAGAGGAGGAGGAGGAGGUGCAUAUGGGCUUCGCUACUUUACAACGCGUGAAGUCCCACCAAGCAUUCGAUGUCACAAUGAUCCCCUCACCCGCGGACUCUGAGUCCGAAUCCGACGAAGACGAAGACGAGGAUAUCUACGAAGACGACGGCGAGGAGGACUACGCCAUGCUCAGCUUACAACGCACACACUCCCACCCCGCCUCCCCACCCGACCUCAUCGACGAAGACGACAGCAGCAGCGAGGAUGAGGCGAUGCCGCCCUCGCCGCCGGCGGAUGUCAUGCGCGCCUUCCCCAAGGCGGAGGCGAGGGGGUCGAAGGUGUCGCCGGCGAAGGGGCAGUUCUUUGAUGAGGGGUUCUAUUUGCCACAGAGGAAGCUGGUUUCGGCGGUGAGCGUGUACUGAGGUGCAUACUACUCUGUCCGUCUGGGUCUUUUGAGCGAUUAGCGGGAGCGGUUUUUUGGGAAAGCAUUGCAUUGCAUGGUGGAUUGCAUGGCGCAUUCUUGGGUUUUUACGGAAGCAUCGUAUCGUAUCAUGGGAUGGGAAUGGGAGAUCUAGAUGCGGACGCAAAUGUCCUGGCGCAUAUGGGAAGGGAAUACAUAAGGAAACGUUACAAAGGAGUGCUUCCUGGUCAAAAAAAAU